CGGCCAUUAAUACCAAUUGUCUCCUCCCACAACCUCGCGCGUCCCGGUUUUGUUUGGCAACAAUACUAACGUCACCUGUGCCACGGCCGAUAAUCUGACUUCGAUUUGUCUGCUAGCAAAACAUUCCUAUUUUUACGGAAGAAAGAUACCGGUCCUUUUUCUUUCUGACAACACACAACAUGAUAUUCGGAUUCCGCUGUCCGGUAUUACUGUGGCUGCCCCUGGCCGCCGUGCUAGGCUCGGUCUUCGGGCUUGGUGAGGACAUCGACAAGCCUCUGUUCGGGCCUCCAGGCUCUCUUAUCCGGCUACAGGAGUCCGACCCUGGCCUGAAGAAGGCUCUGGCGUUCGCCGAGGAGCGCUACAACCAGGGCUCCAACGCCAUGCAUCUCCGCAAAGUCAGCCGACUUCUGUCUGCCACCAAGCAGGUGGUUAAGGGUAUCCGCUACACCAUAACAGUGGAACUGAGUAACACUCAAUGUAAGAAAUCCACCAUGCUGAGGGCAUGUGACUUCUAUCCCGACUCACAGAAGCUCAAGACCGAGGUGUGUGUGUUCGAAGUGUGGGAUGUUCCUUGGCAGGGCACUUCAACUCUGCUCAAACAGAAGUGCCAGCCUACAGUUGAACCUCAACUAGAAGAGACCAACAAGGUGGUGGAUGCAUCCAGCAGCCAGCCUCUGGAGGAGUCUGUGGAGCUGUUGGGCCAGUUCAAAGAGUUCAUGGUUAAAUACAAUAAGGUCUACAGCAGCCAGGAGGAGGCAGAUCAUCGCCUGCGCAUCUUCCACCAGAACUUGAAAACUGCAGAGAAGCUCCAGUCUUUGGAUCAAGGUUCGGCAGAGUACGGCGUCACCAAGUUCAGCGACCUAACUGAGGAAGAGUUUCGCUCCGCAUACCUGAACCCACUACUGAGUCAAUGGACUCUUCAUCGACCAAUGAGGCCGGCCUCUCCUGCCCGAGGCCCUGCCCCUGCCAGCUGGGAUUGGCGGGAUCACGGAGCUGUCAGUUCCGUUAAGAACCAGGGUAUGUGUGGAUCCUGCUGGGCAUUUUCUGUGACAGGCAACAUUGAAGGCCAGUGGUUCCUAAAAAAUGGGUCGCUGCUGUCCCUCUCUGAACAAGAGCUGGUUGACUGUGAUGGGCUGGACCAGGCAUGCAGAGGAGGGCUGCCAUCAAACGCUUAUGAAGCUAUUGAGAAGCUGGGUGGCCUGGAGACAGAGACCGACUACUCCUACACCGGGAAGAAGCAGAGGUGCGACUUCACCACCAUGAAGGUGGCCGCCUACAUCAACAGCUCUGUGGAGCUGUCCAAAGAUGAGAAGGAAAUUGCAGCUUGGUUGGCUGAGAAUGGACCAAUCUCUGUUGCACUGAAUGCCUUUGCCAUGCAAUUCUACAGGAAGGGUGUGUCUCACCCUCUGAAGAUCUUCUGCAACUCCUGGAUGAUCGACCACGCUGUGCUGCUGGUGGGGUUCGGAGAACGUCAAAGUAUCCCCUUCUGGGCCAUCAAAAACAGCUGGGGAGAGGAUUAUGGAGAGCAGGGUUACUACUACCUGUACAGGGGGUCCAAUGCCUGUGGGAUCAACAAGAUGUGCACAUCUGCUGUAGUCAAUUAAAGCACCAACAACAAACACACACACACACACACACAUACCAUCACACCAUCACACUACAUGUACCACUACACACACACACACACACACACACACAUUUGAUCCAGAAUGCAUGAUUUCAAUCACACACAUGAAAUCCUACUGAAGUUUUCCGUUAAACUAAACUUAGUGUUCCACCUUCAUACCUCACACCUUGUGUCCGUUAAC